AGCUGAGGGCAAACCACAUCUCGGAGACAGUCCAUGGGGACUGUACCAGAUCCUCUGAGAUCUGCCAAGCUUUCCCUGCUCACAGCUUCUGUGGAGGAGGACCGCCUGGGAGACCUGCAGUCUGCUAAGCACCAGCCCCAACUACCCAGUGGAGAGAGGGCCAGCAAUGGCUUCCCGUGCACGCCGUCCGGCUCUGCUGGAGUUUGCUUGUUCAACCUGAAAUGCACGGCGGGUGCCAGCACGCAGAGGUGCGAGCAGUGCCGCGAGGACGAUGCUAGCCAGCAGGAAGCCUUCCCUCCUGGGCCCGCCAGCAAAGCUGCGGAGGAGUGUCCUGCAGCCGUAGAGCCUGCUGGUUGCUCCCGGCCAGUGGGCAGCCAGGGACCGGCAGAGGCAGCCCCCGCUGCAGCAGAAGCCCCCUUGGCGGGGUGGAGGCCAGAGAUGAUGCCAGCCCCCCAGAGCUCCCGGCAGUUUGUGCAAGGCAGCCAGGCGAAAACGAGCUCCCUGACGCAAAUGGAUGACUCUGCCUUGAAACCUCAGGGGACUGAUGAUCAGCCGGCACUUGAGGUGUUAAAUUAUUCUCCCCCGGGCGACCCUAUUAGGGGUAAUGAGUCCUGUUGUACUUCUCAGGCAAACCUUCUGCAAAGAGGGGAAAAAGACAGGGGAGCAGAAAAAACUGGUUCUGCUGGGUGUCAGUUAGCCUCGCUGGCGAGGCACGCCAAAGCUGACCUGGGAGGAGACCCACAGACCGGUUUGGAAACAAAAAGCGGGGCUGCAGACACCGCGCAGUUGCAUCCCACAGAUAAAACUGAAGCAGUGCAGAGCAGCGAGGCACCAGCCCAGUCUAGCCACGAGAGUCCACAUCCCAUACGCAAGGCAGAUGCCGAGCCGGGGAGUCCAGGUCCCACCCAGCUCUCCAAAUUCAGAGAAACAGGUACAAUGACGGUUCAGCCGGAGAGCAGCUCUUUAACUCAGGAAUCAGUAAGCAGGACAUGGCGAGAUGCUGGGGUUCAGGCCGUGGCUACUGUGGAGAGCAAAUCGGCCUCCACCAGCCCCAGCAUCCUUGCUGCCUUCUUAAAAGGGAAUCCUCCUCCAGAGGAGAAGGAAGAACUGCACAUCAUUUACCAAGGAGGUAUGGGGCUGAGCCAGUCUGCACUUACUGGCAGUUUCUCCUCACAACAAAAGUCCCCGUGUUCCCCUGGUAUCAUGUCAAAAUCGACUGCUGUUACGGCUGUGACUGCUUCAGCCCAAACCCAGCCAGUGAAACUGCCUGGGGUCCCAUCUGACGUGGUGUCUCCAGCCUCAGCAGAUAGUGCAAAACCUGCUCUCCCCUUCUCCCCUGCAGCCGUUACCUUCCAAGGGACAGCUGUGGGUAAUGCUGAAGUGAUCAGUGCAGCUCAUGACAGCAAGGAUGCUGCUCAGCUGCCAAUGGAUGCUCCAGUCCCACCAAAGCCCAUCCCUGUAGAGCAGCUUGCAGUUGACUCCAGUAAUCAAACUCCAGCACAGUCUGGGUCUGGCGCUGGUGAACCAAGCACCACUUCUGCUGCCGCUGUCCCAGGAACCAAGAACAACGUGCCAGAUCUUGUCCAUGAUGCAGGAGGCAGCCAGUUACCUUUACUCUGUAGCCCAGACGGUGAAGUCAAGCAGAAGGAAGUCCUGGGCAGCUCUGAGCAAAAGCCUGUGCAAUGUAAGGGUGCAAGUCAAGGGGAGGCCAUUCCUCAUCAAUCUGUGGUAAAACCAAAGGAAGAAAACUCGGUGGUGCUUGAUCCUAAAGGAGGGGUGAAUGUUAGCAGCCAACCUGCUGCCGUCCACAUAAAGGCAUGCACAGAGGAUGCAGGUGAAAAGGAGGAGAGCAGAGGCCGGGGAGACGCUGGCCAGCCUCAGACGGCUGGCGGCCAGGGCCUGCAGGCAGGACUGACACCCGAGUUGAGUGUGAGUUCUGCACGUCUCACCCCUCCCUUGGAGGCAUCAGCAGCUCCCCAGCAGCAAGGCCUCCAGGCCAAGGAGUCCAGACAUGAGCUUCACACAGCAGCUCUUCCUGCUUCAGCUCAGGCCUUGCCAAACUUAGGGAAAAACAAAAAGCAGCCCACCCCGGCCAUGGAGGCGAAAGUGCAGGUGAAGCAGUCCAAGCAUGUCAGGGAUGUUGUUUGGGACGAGCAAGGCAUGACGUGGGAGGUUUACGGUGCUUCCCUCGAUCCAGAAUCCCUGGGAAUUGCCAUCCAGAACCACUUACAGAGACAAAUACGGGAACACGAGAAACUGAUCCGGGCCCAGAACAGUCAGACCCGGAAAUCCAUUUCCUCGGAUACAUCCUCAAAUAAAAAACUGAAAGGGAGGCAGCACAAUGUGUUCCAGUCCAUGCUGCAGAAUUUUAGGCGUCCUAAUUGCUGCGUCCGACCCGCUCCCUCUUCUGUGUUAGACUGACGUGGUUUGCAGGGGUGUGUAGAUGUCUGCGGCGGUAGAGAGAAUCCCUCCCCUCAAGUCUCGAGUCCUGCUGUUCAGUCGUGUUAUUGGGGUUGUGAUGCAGCAACAGUCGAAAAUUAUUCCCCUUUGUUUUCUGAGCAGCCACGUGCUCCAUCACGCCAUUAUUAUUGCCACAGCUGGUGUAUUUCCACAUUAUGCCCCCAUCCCGACUACUGUCAGAUGAAAAGCUAGGCACUUAGCAAAAGCACAAAUUUAAAUUGCCACCUUGCUGCAGGGAGAGCAGCACCUCCUGAUAAAGCAGAGAGAUUGUCAGAAUUAUUAUGGGAAGUUACUUGUGUGCAUCACAAGGUCUUAUACAAACGGGUGGGCUGGGGGAAGCUGGGCGAGGUGAAACUAAGGUCCAACAGCUGUAAAGACCUAAUGCAAGACAGCUUUCCUGGUGUGUAAGUUACCCACGCUGAGGUAAGUCCGUGAAAAGGCUACAGACAUCGAUCACUGAGCAGUCUCACUUCUGUUGAUACUGUGGGGCACCGUUCUCAUGUGAGCCCCAGAGAGCCAGGUCUUCCCCUCCCACUGAAAUGGAGAACCAGGCAGAGUGAGGGUCAAGGCUGAAGAAUUAUUUCUUUGGGAGAAGUCAAGUCAAUGGGAUUUUGAUGGCUAGAAGGGGAGGUGAGAGAGGGAUGUAUUCUGCGGGCUUUUUCUCCCCUGCAUCAAGCCAUGCCUAAGGUAUAAGCAGGCGAUGCACACAGAGCAGGCGAGGUACGAGAGAGCACAUCGGUAGACGUACCCGCAUCCGCCAGGACGGUGCCCUCGCUCGCGCUGUGGCGCGCCAGCCACGUCUUUCAAAAGCAGCGAGCCGUUCUGGCUCCUCAGCCGGGGUGGGCAGCGCCUGCUCCCAGCCUCCCGCAGCGCUGAGCACCUCUCCUCUAAAUCACUCUUUAAAGUGAUGUGGAUCUUUUUUCUCUCUCCAGAGAUGCACAGUAGCAUUUUCCUGUAGGAGCAGGCUAUCCUGUGCGCCUGGGUCCAUGAGCCUACAUGUCUAGUGUGUUACACUGAUGUUUUUCCUUUUAAGUCCUUAGCCAAAUCUACUUUUUUUUGCAGUAUUUUGGUGCUUUUCUUGCUGCCUUUCAUAAACUGAAUACCAUUUAUUUAGCCUGUGCGUAUUUUGUUUUACCUAAUGCUCUCUAUAUUAUAAACCAUUAUAUUGUUAACUUGAAACAUUUACUUUACAGAAUUACUGAAAUCUUGAGACAAUCUUUGCUGUAUUUCUAAUGUUAGAAAAGUUGUAGAAACUGCUAAUAAAACGUAGCUUAGUGACUGUUUCUCCGGAAGUGUGAUAUACAAUAAUGUCUCAGCUGUAUGUUGGUCACAUUUCUCACCUUAAUAAUAUUUUUCAACCUAGGAAAUGUGUUUCCCACUAGCCUUUUAUUCUGUCCACUAGAGUUCAUGAUGGGAGGCUGGGGAACUCCUGCAGUUUGUAGAAAAUUUAGUUUUCAAUCCUGCAAAGGACUGAGGAUUUGGAUAUUGUAAUCCUGCAGAGUACUAGAGUUAAAUAGGGGUUAUUUUUAUUUCAUUAAAGAUUUUUCAUGAA